AUGCGGAGGUGCGGGGCGCAGGGCGAGAGGACGCUUCUUCAGGUAUUGACUCUUCACGUACUGGAGCUUCAGGUUAUUUUAUAAAGAGAUGCUCAAAUAAAGCAAAAGAAGUCACUAUCAAGGCUUGAUACCUUUUUUAAGAUCAGAGGCUACUAUAGAAGUGAGUCUGGGAAUUUGCUGAAGGUAUUUAGAAAGACAUUUUCAAGUCCUAAGUGAACCUCUACCUGUGGCAGCAUGUCAAAGAAAUUUUCAUCCAUCCAGGGAAUGAGUUCUGAUCCAGUAGUUUUGAAAAUAUUGAGAGAACGUGAAGAACUUAAGUCAUCACUGAAAAAAUUAGAGCGCCGUGUGGCAGAAAAUCAGGGUAACGUCAAAGUUUUAGCAGCUGAACGAGACAGAAUUCUCAGUCUUUAUGAAUGGGCUCAGAAGGAGAUUUCCCGGCUUCAUCAGGAAGUCAUAAAAUGCCCCAGGACUCGUAGAAGUACUGUGACAGCUCAAGCUAUGUUAAGACACGUGGAGAUAGAAAGGGAUACAGCACUGUCAGAUUUCCAAAGGAUGACCACAGAACGUGAUAGCCUCAGGGAGCAGUUAAAGAUUUCUCAAGAGACUGCGUUUAAAGAAAAGGCUCAUUUGGAACAGAGAAUUGAAGAGCUAGAAACUACUAUUCAAAAUUUAGAUAGCGAAAGGUUAGAACAGAUGUCCAAAGUGGCACUAAUGAAAGGCACCAUUGAUUCUCUGGAAACUGAGAGAAAAAGGUUGGCGAGACGAGCACUGGAAUCUGAAACUGAGCUGAGCCAGCAGAAAGCUGAAUAUGUUUCACUUAGUUUAUUGAAUGAAAAGACAAAACAGAGUCUUUUAGAGACUCGGCAAAGCCUUUCUGAGAAAGAAUAUGAAAUCCAAGAGACAACUCUACUUUUGAAAGAAAAAAUUGAUAACUUUUCAAGACAAAGUCUUGUACAACAAGAGGAGAUUUGUGCUUUGAAAGAAAUAAUUGCACAACUUGAUAAAGAGAAGGCAACUUUGCAAAGCUGUGUGGAAGAAGGAAGAGAAAAGAUUGCUACUUUUGAGGAAAGUCUGGCAACUAAGGAGAAAAUAAUAUCUGAUUUCAAGAUUCUGAAUUCUGAGUUGGAGCAUUCCAGAAAAAAAUCUGCUGAAGCACUCUGUUUAUAUGAGAAAGAUAUCACCAAUUUGCAUCAAGAACUUCAAGAAACCAACAAAGAACUUGAACAGGCUAACAAGAACAGAGAAUCAUUAGCUCAGGAGAACAACAGGUUACAAGACCAUCUUUCUAAUAUUAAGCAUGAAAAUCAGGUACUAUGUAAAAAAAUAGCUAAUUACCAAAAUGUCCUUGGUGAGAUAAAGUUGAAAGCCUUGGAUUCAAACACAGAUAUUGUCAAGCUGAAGGAUGUACUGAAGUCUAAAGAGAGAGAGAACUGUGAGCUUCUGGAGGAUUACUACAAAGCCCAUGAACAAGGAGAAAGCUGGAAAGCAAAAUGCCAUCAAGCAGAAGCAGAUUGUAGCUCUGUUAAACUUGCACUGAUCAGUGCGGAGUCUGAGAACCUUGGUUUGAAAGAGAAAAUGGAGUUCCUUGAAAGAGAGAUAGAGCAACUGCAGAACAAGUGUGAAUCAUCUCAUUGUGAAAUAGAGCUGCUGAGAAAACAACUGGGAAAUGAAAGAGCAUCUGUGGAAAACCUGGAAUCUUUGCUUGCAGCCAGUCGUGAGAAAGAAUUUCAGUCACAGAUAGCAAAGGAAGAAAAAGACUCUGAAAUUCAGUUUCUCAUGGAACAGCUUUCUUUAGCAGAAAAUAAACUUGCUAUGCAGAGCUCAGAAAUAACUCAGCUCAGAAACAGAGUAGCUGAGCUAGAGCUGGAUCUGGAUUUCACCAAAAGGCAGCUGGGGACUGAGCGCUUUGAAAGGGAACGUGCUGUGCAGGAGCUUCGACAUCAGAAUUACACAACCUCAGACCAGUUAAGCUCUACAUUAAGAACAUCAUCACCUGAACAUUUCCAUCAUUAA